CUAUCCCCAAAUUGAAAUUUAAAGUGAAAUUAGGGUUUAGCUCCCACUCAACACAAAAGAAAUAAGCUACUGCAAUCAAUCAACCAAAUUCCAUUUUGCAAAUAUUAAGAAAAACAAGAAGAUGAGCUCCCCUCCUUCUAGAGAAUAUUCUCCUGAUUGGCUUCGUGAUGCCAAGGCAUCAACUGCGACAACGUCGAUUUUCACAUUGUUGUCGUCCUCGAGUUCUGAUGAGGACGACGAAGAUGACAAACUUCCUAUUGGCUCUGUUAUCGGUACAACCACGUCAGUAGGUAGCAAGCCACGUAACGGUAAAAAUGAAUCCCCAGAGAAGUCUCUCCCGGCUGAUCUUCCUCGUGAACCUAAAACUUCAGUUUCGGAAACUUUUCUAUAUGAUUCUGACCAUGACCGACAUCCAAUGGAGGUAGAUGUUGAGGCAUCGUCUUUUAAGUUGGAAGAUACGGAAUCAAAAGCAAAGGGUCCGACAAAACAAGAGAAUGAUGACGAUAUGAAGGUUUUAGAAACAGAGAAAACUGAUAAGCAAACUGGAUCUUAUAUUUCAUCAUCAAGGUUGCCUUUGGUGCUUGCUGAUAAAGUCCAACGUACAAAGGUGCUUGUGGAGUGCGAGGGUGAAUCCAUUGAUCUAAGUGGUGAUUUAGGUACUGUUGGGAGAGUGGUCAUGUCAGAUUCCCUGUCUGGCAAUCAAGAUAUGCUUCUGGAUUUAAAAGGAACUAUCUACAAAACAACAAUAAUACCUUCAACAACCUUUUGCGUUGUUAACUUUGGCCAGUCAGAAGCAAAGAUAGAGGCAAUCAUGAAUGACUUUCUUCAGUUGAAGCCACAAUCGAAUGUUUAUGAAGCGGAGACUAUGGUAGAAGGAACACUGGAAGGAUUUUCAUUUGAUUCUGAAGAUGAAGGCGAUAAGCAAAAUAAUGUUCAAGUUGAUGAAAAUGACGGCGCUGAGCCACAUACUAAUGGGAAAGGGAAAGGGAAAGGAAAAUCUGAGAAAGCAUCUGAAGCCACAAAAAAGAAAGGAAAAGUGGCUGUGAAAAAGCCAGUAAAGAAAGUUAAACGAAAAGCUCCAGUUGCAAAGAAAACCAAGACAAAAAAAUGAGGGUUGCAGCAAGUGUUCGUAAUUAUGUUCUACCAUUAGAUAAACCACUAACCUGUCAUCUGCAGUUUACUCAUGUUUAAAACCGCUUAUCGAUGCUCCCAGGUCCUGUAGGUUACGAGAUGGGAAACUGUUAACAUUAAAUUAGGUAGGAGAGUGUAGCCUAUGAUGCUUUGUGGCACUUGGUGAUAGUGGAAAGAUAAAAUGCUUUUAUACACAUGUAUCUAUCUAUUUUGUAGUUUCAUCCACCUGUUUUUCAUUCCCUGUGUAAAUGACGAGCAUAAUUCUCAUGGCUUUAGCACAGCCUUAAACUUGGAUGCCGGCUAUUGAAUUCUUUGGUUUCA